UUCGACGAGUCCUACAUCCACAGCCAUGCCCACAAAAACUACGCCCAAUCCUCACCAUCGCCACCCCAGAGCGACAGCCCCACCGGCCAAUCGGAUGACUCAGACGAGCCUGUGUACAUUGAGAUGGGCAUGGGCGGGGCGGGCAGGAGCUCCAGGAGUGAGGACGAGGAGCCAGGGGAGGCGGUCUACGAGGAAAUGAAGCACCAAUGCUGGACGACAUGGAAUACAGGACCGACCCGAUUGGCUGUCGUUCAGCAUGCCCCCACCCCUGCGCCCUACGACCCUGAGCCCCUGAGCCGGUGCUCCACACCCCGGAACAUCCCCCUCUGUGACAUCCCCGCUCCCUUCCCCAACCUGCUCACCCACCGCCCCCCCCUGCUGGUGUUCCCCCCGGCUCCUGCCCAGUGCUCCCCCAGCUCUGACGAGUCUCCGCUCACCCCCAUGGACGUCACCAAGCUCCCCACCCUGGACAACUCCCCCUACGGCAAGUCCCCCACAUCCUCCUCUGACUCCGCCCCCUGCUCCGCCCACCUUUGCAGAGAACUCACGGCCACGCCCACCCUCACCGUGUCUGGCCGCUCGUCCGCCCCGCCCCUCCCGUGCGCCCUCUACAAGUCCUCCUCCUCCUCCUCCUGCCAGCGCAGCCGCUCCGCAUGCCCCUCCCCCGUCAGCAUGGCCCGCUGUCUCACCCCGCUCAGCCUGAUGAGGGCUCCGCCCUUUGACCCCGCCCUGCCCUUCCCCCCGGGGGGGCUCCCCCGGAGUGCCUCCGCCACCCCCCAUGGGAAGGGCUCCCCCCCCCAGGACUGUCGGCUGCAUGGCUCCAUGCAGAACGUGUCUCUGGGUGGGGGCAGGUCGCGCACCCCCACCAGCCCCCUGGACGAGCUCACCAACCUGUUCACCACCGGGAGGAACAUGCUGAAGAAGAACGCCAGCGGCAGGAAGUCCAAGGAGCCCGGAGAGACCGAGUCCAAGAGCCGGUCUCACGGAGAGUCUCGCCGCGACGGCAAGGAUCGCCACGGCAACAGCAAGGAGUCCAAGCGCGAGAGCAAGGAACGCCACUCCCACAAGGACAAAGACUCCUCCCACAAAAGCAAAGACUCCUCCCACAAGAGCAAAGACUCCUCCCACAAGAGCAAAGACUCCUCCCACAAGAGCAAAGAAUCCGCCCACCGCCGUGACCCCAAGGACCGGGGCUGUAGCAGCGUAGAGCCCCUCCCCUCCCACCGCACCAGCAGGGACCCCCGGGCCUUCAACAGCCUCGAACCACCCCCGCUACGCAGGGACAGCCGGGACCACUGCCUCAGCGGCGUGGAACCCUCGGCCCCGGCAUGCCGCGACUCCAAAGACCACGGGGGCCUGGAGGCUCCCCUGCAGGGAAGGAGGGGCAGCAAGGACCGGGGGGGAGGCAGGGGAGGAGAGGGAGGACCGGGGGACAUGGCCGUCCGCAGGGACAGUAAGGACCUGCUGAGGAUGGGUCUGGAGUCACAGCAGGACAGAGCCCCGGAGCUGCUGCCUCGUCAGGACAGCAGGGAGCGGGUCCGGGGGGGUCUGGGGGGCCGGGGAGAUGGGAGGGACAGGCCCCUGGACCAGCCCCCAGAGCUGCUCCCCAAGCAGGACAGGCCCAGGGCCGGGCUGGAGGUCUCCAGGCAAGACCCCGCCCCCCCAGAGCUGCUCCCCAGGCAGGACAGCAGGGACUGGGGGAAGAGUGGGCUGGGUGCCAGGCAGGAGAGCAGGGACCGGAUAAACCAGCCUCCAGAUCUCCUGCCGAGACAGGAAACUUACAGAAACGGGCUGGAGUUUCGGAGAGACAGCAGGGACCCGAUGAGUCACGACCAGGAGGGGAGGAGAGAGGUGGAGGUGAAGAGAGACCAGGAAGGGAGGAGAGACCAGGAGGGGAGGAGAGAGGUGGAAGUGAAGAGAGACCAGGAAGGGAGGAGAGACCAGGAGGGGAGGAGAGAGGUGGAAGUGAAGAGAGACCAGGAAGGGAGGAGAGACCAGGAGGGGAGGAGAGAGGUGGAGGUAAAGAGAGACAGCAAGGACCAGAGCUGCAACGGCGCUUCGGAACCCCCCCAACCAGAAGCCGGAGACAAGAGCUCCCCUAGUGGUGAGGGAAGGAAGCACGGCUCCCCUAGUGGUGAGGGAAGGAAGCACGGGGGCGGCGCUGAGGCCACGCCCACACCAGACAGCAGGGACCGCGGUAACCAUGGCGCCGACCAAUUGAAGACACCAGAGAGGAACGGGGUUCUGCGGCAACAGUCGUCGACGGCGACCCCUACUCGUCACGGUAGACAGUCCGGAGGUCCUCCCCUCCCCCCCAUGGUGCUGGAGACGCCCACUCCUGAGUUGAAAACAACGUCCAAAUAUGGUCGUUCCCCCUCCACCCCUGGUACCCCCUCUCCAAUGGGCACCCCACACAGACAAGGCCCGGAGACACUGCAUAGCCAGAUGCCCCAGAUGCCCUGGAUGUGUGGAGACAUCACCAUGCUGGAGCAGAUUGAGAGGAAGAGGAGCCUGUGUGCCCAGAUCCGCUCCAGGUUGGCCCCCCAGGGCCCCCCCCAGGGCCCCCCCCAGGGCCCCCCCCAGAAGCUCCACCAGCGGAGCCCCUGCAAGCCAGAUAGACUUCCAGAAGGUAGUCCCUUCAGGGUGGACAGAGUCCCCCAAAGAAGCCCUUGCAAGGUGGACAGACUUCCAGAGAGAAGCCCUUGCAAGGUGGACAGAGUCGCCCAAAGAAGCCCUUGCAAAGCGGACAGACCUCCAGAGAGAAGCCCUUGCAAGGUGGACAGACAUCCAGAGAGAAGCCCUUGCAAGGUGGACAGACCUCCAGAGAGAAGCCCUUGCAAGCAGGAAAGCAGCCCCCUUCUGCCCGCCUGGGGGCAUGGUCCCGGGGGUAAGCAGCUCCGGCCACCCCCCUACCCCUCCCAGACCACCGUCUUCUGGGACACAGCCAUCUGACUCUGACCACGCCUCCCUCCGUGCUCCGGGCCAGCUGAUUGGCCGGACUGUUGGAGGAGGGCUUGUGAUGUCAUAGGCCAGUGGUGGUAACCAUAGCAAUAUUUCAGCUUGUUCAGGUCGUCAUGUUUUCUUAUCGUCACAGUGAUAUUUGAUAUUUUUAUAUUCCGUGUGACUGUAAUAUACUUAGUAUGAAUUAUAGAUAUUUUCUAAAUAACGAGCCAGAGCAGCUUCGACUAUGUAGAAGUAGAACAAUCCAAUGUUUGUCUUGUUUUAUUUUUUGAUGUUUCUCUUUUUCUUUCAUUUUGGUAUUUUGAAACGUUUUAAAAAGCAUAUUCUAUCUAUAUCUGUCGUAGCAUCGUUGCCAAAUUCCCAAUAAAUGUCUCGUGCUAAGAGGACCAAUCUGAAUGGAGGAAUAUCUAGACUGUAUUGAAGAGGCACGAUGUCUCUUCCUGGUUGUCUGUGAUUGGGCCGUGGUGUUCUGGAAUGUACCAUAGUUAGUCCUAGAACAGACCAAUGUGGUGUGUCGGUUAGAGCAGUUAGGUGACUAGCUGUCACUGGUUGUUGGGCAGACUGCGAGGUCGGUGUGGAACUGAGCUGACGUCAGCCAGAGGUGGGAUGGAGGGCCAGUCUUACCCCACCCAGGACCCUGGAGGAGCCAUGGAAGAGGGGGAUGAGAUGGAGGGCUGGUUGGAAGGCUGGCUGGCAGAGAAAGUGUGGUUAGAAAUGUCCCAGCAUUCCUACGGACGGGGUUUAGAACAGCCACAAGCUGGAACAAACAGUUUUUUAC